ACUACAGCUCCCAUCAGCCUUCCGCUGCAGAGCCUGCGCGUGCGCGGGGGGCGGGGCAAGCAGGCGGGGCGGGGCUCCCCCUCACCGCGCUCUCGGAUUGGCGCCUGGCCCGUCCCUGUGCAAGAGGAGGACGUCUUUGCUUCGUGCGCAUGCGCCAGCAGCAGGCUGGCUAUUACCGCGCGCCUGGCGUGGAGGGGAAAGAAGACAUCAUGGUUCAACUGGGGCACCUCCUCAUGAAACACUACCACAAGGCCCGCCUCGUCGUCCGCCUUGGCCUCGGAGGCUGCACCAACAGGCCGUUCUAUCGGAUCGUGGUCGCCCACAACAAGCGGGCCCGGGACGGCAAGUACUUUGAGCAGGUGGGCUGCUACGACCCGCUCCCCAACAACCAGGACGAAAGGAUCGUAGGCGUGAACUUCGAGCGGCUCAAAUACUGGAUUGCAAACGGUGCCCUCCUCACCAAACCCGUCGAGAAACUCCUGGGGCUUUCUGGAUUCUUCCCCCUCCAUCCUAUGACGAUCACAAACGCCGAACGGAGCAUGAAGCAGAAAGCCCUGCAGGCCGAGGCUGCCGCUGCCGCCCCCACUCCAGAAGAGACCACGGCUGUGAAAGAAUAAAAGUGCAGAGUGGGCCAACUGCCUGAUGGCUCAAAGGACUUGGAUCUGGCAGGUAUAACAGGCCAACACCAGAGCAGACCGUAUCACCCGCCAUGCUGGAAAACCAAACAGAAACGGCUAGAAGUUUUCCAGACAUAUUAAAAAGAUCUUCUGUC